CAUUAGGUUGUUAAACGGUUUUAAUCCGGUUCCAUUGUAGCAGAUUUAUCGGCACCCUCCACACGAGAGCUUCUAUAUAUUUAUCAUUUGAUGUAUAAUAUAUUCUUGUUGAUAUGGUAAAGCAUGUACUCCUAAAGGAUAUAUUUUCACGCCACGACAGGGAGAAAGCUGCUGCUAACUCCGCCCGUGUGAACCGCGGGUGACGAAGUUUCCCUGGUAUUAAUACCGAGUGCAUCCCAGGAAGCUGACUUCUGUUUAUUUUGUGUAGCCUACAGACUGUUGACAGGAAUGGCAGACGAGUCUCUGUUUGACUUUCUCCAUAUGGAGAUCGUGUCUCAUAUUUACAAGGAGCAGCAAUCCGGAAAAGAAGAGAUGGACAACAAGGACAGAGCUGUCUGUGUGUCUGUCCUAGAAAGCAUGGGCUUCAGGGUGGGACAAGGACUCAUCGAGAGGUUGACCAGGGACUCUCCCAGCUUCAAAGAUGAGUUGGACGUGAUGAAGUUUGUCUGUAAAGACUUCUGGACGAAGGUGUUCAGGAGGCAGGUUGACAACCUCAGGACAAACCAUCAGGGUACUUAUGUCCUGCAGGACAACACAUUUUCUUUGCUGACUCAGCUCUCUAAUGGAAAACAGUACCUGGAUCAGGCUCCUAAGUACCUUGCUUUUUCGUGUGGCAUUGUGAGAGGAGCUCUGUCUAACCUCGGUCUGGACAGCGUGGUGACAGCUGAGGUCUCUGUAAUGCCAUCCUGUAAAUUCCAAGUGGUGGUCCAGAAGUUGUGAUGUGAUCUUCUAUGCUGGUACCCAGGGGAGCAGAAGACCAGAGCCAUGUGGGGUUGUGUUAAUCCUACAAAGGAGGAAAGUAGUUCCUGUCCAAUCACAGAGGGAAUCAAACACCAACCUAAUUUCCUCAUCUGGGUCAAACAGGUUCUGCUGACACGCUACCUGUGACAGAGCAAAAAGGCUUAGCCAAAGCUAACUUUUUAAUUGUCGUACUCUGACACAGGACAAGAUUUGUUUUAUUCCCUUCUCAUUUUGAUUUUGAUUUCCUAUUUGAUUGAAUCGUUGCAUGAUGGUUUUCAUUAAAGAAGUGGAGCCUGGCCCCGACUGACAUUGAAAAUAUUAUCCGUCAGUGAAAUCGAUACAAUAAUGUGUAUGUAGUAGAUCACAAAGUAAGUUAAUAUUCUAUGUAACGCGUCGUAAUGUGACUGCCCACAUUGCGAGGACCGUCUUAAGAAAUAACUGCCAAGGAAUAAUUGGAAAAACAAUUUAAGACAAGACACCAACUCCCGUACCAGAUAUUUUGGCAUAAAUCCAAUAGCUGGUGACCCUUUGACAAUUAUAUUACCUGGCACAUCAUAAUUCUUGUCAAACACUUGUUUCUCUGCAGACACACAGAAUCUGUACCUAGUUCCUGGUGCUUUGUUCUGCCUCGUAGCAGAUUGCCUAAAGGACACGGCUGUUUCAUGUAUGAUGGUGGUAUUUAAGUUAGAAAAUCUGCAAAAAACUUUGUUUAAUUAUGUUCUAUUAUUAUUAUUAUUAUUAUUAUUAUUGUAAGUUUCUAGGAAUGUCUCAAAUACAGAUUAUUCUUUUUGUACCAAAAUGGAACCGUUUUUUACCGCAUUGAGUUGUAUUGUAUGAAGUAUUGUGAUUGUCCGAGCCUACAGUAAACUGCACCAUGGACUUAUGGGUUACAUUUUUCAACGUUUCUUUGCUUUGUAUAAAAAUAUCAUAUUAAUACUAA